CGCUUCCCCUGACUUGCGUUCACGCGUAAAGCCUUUGCUCUCUCUCUCUCUCUCUCAACUAUUUCGAUAAACUGAGCUGCUAGUAGCUAGAUUUUACUGGUAAAAAUGGAGAAUUUGGGAAUGGUUUCGUCACCCAAAAUAGUGUUAGGAGUCUCCCCAAAUCCGAGGAACUCAUUAAUUCCACUUUCCAGCAAACAAUUUGUAGGUCUUCCAAAUUUACUCAGAAAAACGGGGACAAGUUGCAGGAAGAGCAAUCUUGCUCAUUCUGUCUCGGUUGUUUCUCUGCUCGAGGCGAGGAAAGCCACCAAAACUAUAGUGGCGGAGAAAGUUGCAAGGGAUUGUUUUGCUAGCAUUGCUUCUAGUGGCCAACAAACAUCGUCUGUUGGUGCAAAUCCACAGAUUUCAGUUCCACCUAGUUCUUCUCAAGUGGGCUCGCCUCUCUUCUGGAUUGGUGUUGGUGUUGGCCUCUCAGCACUUUUUACUUGGGUGGCUGGAAGAGUAAAGAAAUAUGCAAUGGAACAAGCUUUUAAGACCUUCACACAACAGAUGAAUACUCAAAAUCAAAAUAACCCAUUUGGAAACACUGCCUUUGCACCUGGCUCACCCUUCCCGUUUCCACCACCACAACCACAAUCAAAGAGCUCGUCAUCAGAUUCCCUCAAAAGUAGAGCUCCUUCCUUCAAGAGUGGAGCUCCUGCAGCUUCUCAAUCUAUAACUGAUAUAUCUGCAACAAAAGUGGAGGAUCCUCUGCCAACAUCUGUUAACAAUAAAGUAGAAGUGCAUGAUGCACCAAAGAAAUACGCAUUUGUAGAUGUCUCCCCAGAGGAGACGGUGCAGAAAAGUUCUUUUGAAGACUACAAGGAAUCGGUGCCGACAGAUCCACCCAAUAAUUACUCACAGUCAUCCGAGCAAGUUUCCCAAAAUGGCACGGCUUCAAACCAAGGAACAGGGGCAUCAGAGGGUCCCUCCACUAGUAACCCCCUCUUGUCAGUGGAUGCAUUGGAGAAAAUGAUGGAAGAUCCAACCGUUCAGAAAAUGGUUUUCCCUUACUUGCCAGAGGAGAUGAGGAAUCCUACCACCUUUAAAUGGAUGCUACAAAAUCCAGUGUACCGUCAACAACUUCAAGAUAUGUUAAAUAAUAUGGGGGGAAAUCCUGAAUGGGACAAUCGCAUGAUGGAUAUGUUGAAGAACUUUGAUCUCAGCAGCCCUGAGAUCAAACAACAGUUUGAUCAAAUAGGUCUCACUCCUGACGAAGUAAUAUCCAAAAUUAUGGCUAAUCCCGAUGUUGCUAUGGCUUUUCAAAAUCCAAGAGUCCAAGCAGCCAUCUUAGAUUGCUCUCAGAACCCUCUAAGUAUCGCCAAGUACCAAAAUGACAAAGAGGUUAUGGACGUGUUCAAUAAAAUAUCCGAGCUCUUCCCGGGAACUUCACCUUAAACUCUUGAUUCUGUCCAUCUCCUACCAAAGCAGCAAGGCUAUGAACGUGCUUUAAUUUCCCCGGAUAAAUUUCCUAUGGAACGAGCUUCAUAAUUUUCGAUGCAUCAGCAAGCCCCGUGCUACAAGUACGAUUACCAACAUCUUUGCGUUGCCUCCACCUACGAAUACAUUGUUUUACUUUGGGAUGGUGCUUCUUCAAGUGUUGGUGUAGUUUUUGUUAGUUGUUAAACCAAAACCCCCUCACUAGUUUCAGAUACGAUUUUCAGCUGUUCCUAGUUUUUUUCGGUGAAUGAUGUUGAGAUUUUCUGAGAUGUUGCAUAGUCAGAUGAGUUAUCAUAUCUUUUUUUUUUUUUAAUAAAGUUAUCAUAUCUUGUUGGUUGUGAA